AUGCGGGCGGGCCUGGCGCUGGGGCUGGGGAUCGGGCUGGGGCUGGCCUGGCUGCUGGCGGCGCGGCGGCGGCGCCGGGCGGUGCGCGAGGUGCUCUUCUUCCCGUCGCGGCCCUGCUGCACCGAGGAGCUGCUGGCCGAGGCGGAGAGCCGCGACGGCCGCCCCGCGCCGUGCCCGUGCCCGCUGCCGCGCUCGGACUGCUCUCUCAGCCGCCUCCUGCGGCGUCUGCUGGCCGCCCGCCGCUCCCUCGAGCUCUGCCUCUUCGCCUUCUCCAGCCCCGAGCUGGGCCGGGCCGUCUGCGUCCUGCACCGCCGCGGCGUCCGCGUCCGCGUCGUGACGGACUCGCAGUACAUGGCGCUGAGGGGCUCGCAGAUCGGCGUGCUGCGGCUGCUGGGGAUCCAGGUGCGUCACAACCACGAUGCGGCCUUCAUGCACCACAAGUUUGCCAUCGUGGACAAGAAGCUGCUCAUCACGGGCUCCCUCAACUGGACCAUGGAGGCCAUCCAUAGCAACCAGGAGAACGUGGUGAUCAUGGAGGACACAGAGUACGUGCAGCCUUUUCUGGAUGAGUUUGAAAGGAUUUGGGAAGAGUGCAACCCUAGCAACUACACGUUUUUUUCCCAAAGAAAAUGAUUAAGUGGCUUCCCUGAGCUGGAGGGGCGUGGAACAGAUGGCACUCGGGGGGUUUAUUAUUAUCUAUAGCCAUCGAUGUAUUACCCAUCUGGUUGUAAUUUCGUUAAGUUCCUCCUGAGCUGAAGUGCUCUCUACCCUAAACUGCCACAGGUGCCUCGUGUGCUAAACGAGCAGUGAUGACCCAGCUGAUGGGCUCUGUGAGGACACGAGCAACGGUGUUGUGGGCAGGCUGGUGGCUGUGCCCUGCAAUGGGGGAGGUGAGGUUUGAGCUGCGCUCAGGACUUGUGCAGGGAGCUGGGCGUUCUCCAGCUCGUGGUGCUGUGGGAUGGAGCUGUACCCUGAAAGGAGGAUUGUGAGGGCUGCAGCAAAACUGGGGGCUGUGUAGGUGGAGAUGUCACUGUGGUUGUUCUUUUGUUUGCGUGAAUUAUUGACAGUUUGUGAAAGGAAAUCCGGGAAAUAGGAAGUUUUGGUUUGGGUAUGAGUUUCCUCUGGUUUGAGGUUAGAGUUCCAGUGUCAACGUGUGAGAGCAGAUAGCAGUGCCAGCUCAUCUUCCUGCAGUGCAGUGCAGGGAGUCCCCAGAAAGAACUGAAGCUGUUCUGUGGGCACAGUUGGCCUCGUCUGAAGAGCAACUGCAGCUGCAGUGUAACUUGCAGCAUUGCCUGCAACUUUUAGUGCAGCUGUGUGCUGAUCCAGUUAGAGCUUAAACUGCUCCCUACAAAUGCUGCACCUCGCAGUGUUAACGUGCCACUUUCUCAGACAAACUCCACGUCACCUGGAGUGUUUUGCACUGGUGGGUUGCUUGGUUCCGAGAUCCAAAUCACUACAAGUUCCUGGAGAUCCAUAGGGUGUUGUUUAGGAUGUGGGGGUAACACCAUCGGAUUGAGGGUUUGUUUUGUUGUGUUGGAGAGAGUUGGCGUGGGUGUGGGGAGACAAAACCAUGCAUUAUAUCUGUGAUGUAGCAGCUGGGGGAGGAGCUGAGGCAGUUUAUUCUGUACUAAGUCUGGUUCAGCAGGUUUAAAUAUAUGCUCCUUUAAAUAUUUUAUUGUUAAAAUUAUACUUGUUGUGUUUUCUUUGUGAAAUGUAACUAUAAAAGCAGACAGUUCACCCCGUUCAGGCUCUGCCUCCUGCUUUCUUUGCGUCGUUUCGUCGUUGGAACAAACAUAGGCUGCACUGACAGCAUGCAAAGGGUGGUGCAAAAAUAGUUUAUUAGGAUAUCGUUUACGUAAAGUUAGGUAAUUAUAUUUACAAAAUAAAAAUGAUCAGCUACAUCCAUGGGAACCUAGCAUGACGCACACGGCUGUGUAAGGAAUAAAUACAGUGACAAAAAAGUGAUGUUUCUAUUACAGAGAACAGUUACCAGGAACAGAGAUUCCUCGAAAAGCAGUGAAUAAAACAGGAGUGGAAGAGAGGAGGAGGGAAGAGGCGAGGAACUCGUGCACACAGAGAAGCGGGAGCCCCUGGCAGAGGGAAUGGAAUCACGUGCGAUGCAUCGUUUCCUGGAUGGAUCUGAUGCAAGAGAGGCCCUUGGGGCUGCAUACAGCCAGAGCUGCAGCACGGCUGUGCUCCCUGGCCUCCUGUGCUCCCUGGCCUCCUGUGCUGGGCUCCAGCCGCAGGUUUGCCAGCAGCAGUGUCCCCACCUGCACAGGUGCUGUGUGCAUGCUGCAGCAUCGCUGCUGCCAAAUGCAGGUUAGUGGGGGGGCCGGAUGCUGCGUCUGGGCACGUAAUCUUGUGCUCAGCUCCUGCUCACAGCCCCUCAUCGUUUCCAUUAGGAGCACAGAGCUCUCAGUACAAAGGCAGAUGCACCAUGUGUUGCAACGCAGGAGUCCCAUGGCUGCGGUUUGGGCUGUGGCUUAUGCUGUGCACCACCAGUGCUGACCGCUGCUGAUGCCACCCAAAGACUUGCAGCAUUCCUUUCUCUCUCCCCGAAUCUUUAUCCCUUCAAAUAACUGAUUCUUUACAAUCUGGAGCCAUCCACAUCGCCAGGUCCCAGGAAAGGGUCAAGGGCUGUGCGCUCUGAUCUAUCUCCUACCUGCCAUCACCUUUAGCAUCUUGCAACUUACUUUGCUCUCUCUGGUUUAGAACAUAGAGUUAGUGUUCUUGUCACAUCCUGUGCACUGUCAAUGUGUAAAGAAGGAAGAAUGAGAAAACAAUUGUUUAUAAUUGCACUAAUUACUUGCCAGCUCACGGCCAGCUGGCUGCCUUCAGCUGCUACCACCUUGAUGGGCUUAUCAGGUUUCUGCCAGCAGCUUCCGCACCCCUGCCUUCUUUCGGUUGUCUCAAAGCUGCAGCUGUGAGGUGAGCCUCCCCUCCCUGCCCCGUCCUCACUCACUGCAUUUCUGCAUCCCUUGCUGUGGGGCUGCGUGCAGCACUGUGCGCUGGUGCACUCAGCAUUUGGGCAGUGAUGUGCUGCAGGCUGUGUGUCCAUGCAGGAUGAGCUGUCCUUCCUGGCAGAACCCCUGCUGCCUUGCACAGCACCUGCACACAGCCCAAAUGCAGCACUGCAUGCGCUGCUUUGCUCUGCUCCGUGGUGGAGCCAUUCAGUUCAAGGGUAGAAAAAAGUUUACGGCGCAGUAAAGUUACAGUUCUCAAACCAACCGUGUGCAUUCUUCAGACAGGCAUCAUCGAAACUCAAGGGUAGGGCAGCAGAAAAGGUGUGAGAAGCUACUUCUAACAGUGCAAAGCAGAGCCCGUCGGGGCAGGCAGGCAGGGGGUGACGGCUCUCACCCGGCCAGUGACAUCAAAACCGUAACGCUGUCACAAACGAGAGCCCUCUGCUGAUUUCUGAGUCACAAAUAUUUACAUUGCGUACUUGGAAUACUAUACAGCUUUUAAAUUAUUUACGUUCAAAAGAGAGUAACAAAGCGUUUUUGCUUUUAAAAAAGAGGAUGGGGAAGAGGAAAGGCAAAGCAAGCCGUGCUGUGUGCAUAAGUGGUCGCAGCAAACAGCUCUGCGUCGGCAGCACAGAAAUGCAGCAGCUGUGAGCUGUGCUACAGUGCUGAGGGCGGGAGGAUUUUAUGCAGAAGAUGAAAAUAAGUCCUAGUAUCUCUUACAGGCACUGUCUGCACCUGCAGCUGUGUCACUUCAGUGGCAAGAGGAUGAAUGAUGCCCAGAGCAGGAGAGAAGCAGCGGGACAACCCCGGCUCACUGCCAUCACCUUUCUGGCCAGCUUUGUUCUCUCCACAGUCAUCACCCCAUUCCCCACUGUCCGGUGGAGCUGCCCUUCCCCUCUCUCUCUCUGAGGCUGAGGGCUGCCACCAGCUUUGGAGAGAGGCCAGGGGAGAGCCCAGGCCCUGCCCCAGGCUGCUCCUGCUGUGCAGCUGUGCGGUGCUCCUGUUUUGUUCCCAUUUAAGGGAUGCUCACCCCCAGCAGAUGGUGCUGCUGCAGGAAGGUACAGCAUCCCCUAUUUGCUUCAUGGUAUUUUAGAACUCAGGGAAGGGCAUUUCCAUCAGCCCCCUGAAGGGCUGGAGCAGCUGUGCAUUAAGUCAAGCUUCCCCAAUAGCAGUAACCCCAGCAAAUCCCAAUUCCAUCUCCACUGCAGCACCUUUUAGCCCUUCGUCACCUGUUUUCACAAACCACACGAACACAAUGAUGUGUGCUGAGCCAAAAGCUGUGGUCAGUCCAUUUGGCACUGGUCUCCCUGCACUGGGUUACACCUCCUGCAGCACCCACGUAGCUGCACCACAUCCACCAUUCUCUGCCUUAAGGAAUAAGGGUGAAAGCAUCCAUUUGGGCAAAGAAAGCAGAUGGUUCUCCGACACCAGGCAUGACAGCCAGAGCUGGGUACAACCACAUGUGCAGCAGGCAGCAUCCUCUCUUAGGGAGUUACAGUGCUCAGUGGCAUCAGUCAGUGCCCAUCCUGCACAGCUCCCACGUGCUGUGCAGUGAAAUAGCAAGCUGUGGCCCUUGUGGUGCUCGUGGUUAAAAUAACAAAGUCAGCAAAGUAAAGCAAGGCUUUCCAGGGGAACAUAAGAAUGGUUGGAGUCCACAUAGCAAGAGGGAGAUCAGCACAUUCUGCUCAGGUGGCUGAGAAAGACAAAGUCCUGCUGUGCUUCUUGAGAGGAGGAAGGCAUUCUCCUGUAUCCAGUGCAGCCUUGGGAGAGAUGAGUGGUGACAGUGAUGAUGCCAUGUACCAUCCUCGCUCCAUGUGCCAGGAGAUCACGGGGCAAGGAAGCAUCCCAAGAGCAGAGCAAAGCCUGUGCAAGCCAGAGCCACCAAACCCAGCCUGCAGUCACACAAGAUGCUGGCAGAGGCCCUGUGCACACACCUGAUCACCAAGUUCCUCUUCCAGGCUUGGGCUACCAAGGCUCCUCCAGUGCUUGGAUGAUGGAGAACACUACGGUGAGCUCAGGUUGGGGUGAGGCUGCACAGCAGAACAUCUGAGAGGGCGGACACCUGCUGGAGAGGGAAGAGCCUUCAUAUCCGAGGGGCUGAGGAUCCCUGCUGCCAUCUCCAGGAUUCCCACACACAGCCAGGUACGGAGGCGCAGCGCAGAACAUCUCUGUAUGCCUGGUGGCACUGCUGGAGCAGUCAGCGAGAGCUCUAUCCUUGCAGAUGGACCUCCCAGCUGGCCACACACCAUGCCCAAAGAGACUCAACACACCUGCUUCCACCUCAGGUGAGCACAGAGAAGUCAAGAAUCAGCUCAGCUCCACCUAAAAAUCUCCCGAAAUCCAAAGUGAUGCUGCCAUGUCAGACUGGGGAGCAAUGGGGCAAUGAUUCACCCCACACACAGCUGGGGCUGUGUAGGUGCACGAAGCAUGUGGAGAUGCUCCUGCAGCCACCACCGAGCUCUGCACUCACCUAUGGACCUCGUGGCACCGCCUGCUCCGCAUACAGAAGCUGCUGUGACUGAGCAGGUCUGAAACACAGGCUGGUUUUCAGACUUUUAUUUCAGGAAAAGAUAAACGAAUUAAAAUAGGAGCUGCCCUGCUGACAGGAAGAGUUGAGUUCAAGAAGCUGAUAAAAAAGGAGCAUUAUAUGCAUUGAGCACUGUGCAUUUUCAGUCAAUAUUGGCUCUACUUUCUACUCUACUUUCCUUGGACUAGGAAAAGGGAGUUUCACAUGCGCACAGACCCUAACGUACACGGGACUCAAUGAGAGGAAGGGAGUAACAGCAAAAAAAAAAACAA